UUUUUUUUAACAGACUUUUUUGGGUGAUUUAACAAAAAGAAAAGAGGAAAAAAAAAAAAAAAGAUAAGAAGGAGUGAAGACAAAGUUGCGUUCAAUGCGCAAACAUGCUCAUCAUCUCGUCUCGCAGCGCGCUGCUGUCCGUCUACUACCCGCAGAUCUUCCUCAUCCUCACCAGCGGCAGCUACCUGACAUUGUCCUCGGUAGUGGCUCUGGGCGCCAACAUCAUCUGCAACAAGAUACCAGGACUGGCGCCCCGUCAGCGAGCCCUCUGUCAGAGCCGCCCAGACGCCAUCAUUGUCAUCGGCGAAGGCGCCCAGCUGGGCAUUAACGAGUGCCAGUACCAGUUCCGCUACGGCCGGUGGAACUGCUCGGCCCUGGGCGAGAGGACGGUGUUCGGACAAGAGCUGAGAGUAGGUAGCAGAGAGGCAGCCUUCACGUAUGCCAUCACGGCGGCCGGCGUGGCCCACGCGGUCACCACGGCCUGCAGCCAGGGCAACCUGAGCCAGUGCGGCUGCGACCGCGACAAGCAAGGCUACCACGACCGCGAGCAGGGCUGGAAGUGGGGGGGCUGCUCGGCCGACGUCAAGUACGGCGUGGAGUUCUCGCGCCGCUUUGUGGAUGCCCGGGAGAUUAAGAAAAACGCACGGCGUUUGAUGAACCUGCACAACAACGAGGCAGGCAGGAAGGUCCUGGAAGAAAGGAUGAAGCUGGAGUGCAAGUGUCACGGCGUGUCUGGUUCCUGCACCACUAAGACCUGCUGGAUCACCCUCCCAAAGUUCAGAGAGAUCGGUUACCUGCUAAAGGAGCGUUACGGCGCCGCCAUUCAAGUGGAGCCGGUCCAUGCGUCCCGCCUCCGCCAACCUUCCUUUCUACGCCUCAAAGAGGGUCGGGGAUACCAGAAGCCCGCCGACACCGACCUGGUGUACCUGGAGCGCUCGCCCAACUACUGCGAGGAGGACAGGGCCACGGGGAGCACGGGGACGCGGGGCAGACUGUGCAACGGCACCUCGGCGUACACUGACGGCUGCAACGUGAUGUGCUGCGGCCGGGGGUACGACACGCUCCACUACACGAGGGUCUGGCAGUGCAACUGCAAGUUCCACUGGUGCUGCUUUGUCAAGUGCAACAUCUGCAGUGAGAAAUCGGAGGUUUUUACCUGCAACUAGAGAGAGGGAUGAAAAGGAAGUAUUUAUUCGACAUUUUGCACAUUUUGACAUCCUAUUUGAAAUUCUUUAUGAAGGACGGUGAGGGAAGGCUUUGGGCCGGAGUUGCUGGUCUUAAGCAUCCUGCAAGAGAAAGGAUUUGUUUUGAAAAGCCAAAUAAAAAAUGUCACAGACGGAAGGCGAACAAUUCUGCUACACAGGAUUGGGAUCAUGCAAGGGGUCAAAAGCUGGAAUAAGACUCACACUGUAUUCUGUUUGAACACUGAAAUGAAAACUCAAUAUUUAUGUUAGAUUUAUAGCAGGGGGAAACAACAACUCACCGUUUUUCUUCUCGGCUGUUGCAAAAUCUGUCAUUUGCAGACAUUAUCGGUAAGCUUUCAUACAUGAAGUCAGGGGUGUCCAAUGUGUGGCCCAAUGGCAGUUUUUGACCCCGCAACUGUUUCUUUACUGGCCCUCUGAAUAUUCAAAAUAUAAAAUUAAUUAAUGAAUGAGAUAUAUACUAUAUCUUUAUAUAUUAACUUUGUGUCACAUGACACUAAUGUCCAAACAUUUUCCACUAAAGGCAACAAACUGAAAAAUGAAAGCAUGAGGGGGCAUUUUGAUAGCUUUCAUUUUCAAAACCAAAACAAUAUAUACAUAUAUAUUUUCCUUUUAGGGCUCCCCUCAAGUUUUCCCCAGGGACCCAGACCGGUCGCAGUCAUAAAAAUGUUAAAAAUAAGUCAUAUACUAUAUUUUUUAUUAUUAUUACUCAACGCUUAAAUCUCCAGAUCAAUUUCAGGUCUAUCUGUCAAUAUAAAGUAAAAACAUUUUUUAUGUUUUAUGCCUUUUUGUUAAAGAAAAUCCUGUUUUUCUGGCAAAAACACAAAUAGGCAAUAUUUUCCCCCAAAAUUGUUUUUAAAGUGCAAUAUUUACGUAGGUCAAUAACUCAUAACACUAUUGAUUUAUUUAUUUUGAAGCAAUGACAGUUAAAAAAAAUAAAUAAAUAAAUAAAAUUAUUGGGGAUCCAAAAGGGCCCCACUCAUAAAGGUGUUUAAAAUAAGUCAACAUUUUUUUAAAAAUUACUUUUAACACGUAAGUCUCUAGAUCAACUUCAGAUCGCUCUGUCGGUUUUAUUAUUUUUAUGUUUUUUUAAAUGUGUUUGUUUUAUGCACUUUUUGUAAAAAAAUAAAUAAAUAAAUACCUUUUUCGUAUAACAUAAAAAAUGCAAAAUAUUCCCCCAAAAAUAUGUAAACGUGGAAUAUUUGACGUGAAGUAAUUAGAGCCUUGAAUAAGUAAAUAAUUCCCAACAACAUUGACUUUCAUUCAUAAUAAUUUUUUGAGCAAUGACAGCUUUAACGGGGGAAAAAAAACAGCCUGCAUGGCAGCUUUGUGUUAUUAGAGCAAACAUUAAAACUUUUUCUCGUUGCAUUUCCUAGAGACCUCAGAAUAAGGGAUUCAAAAAUUUCAUUUUUCAUACAUACAUACAUACAUACAUAUAUAUACAUAUAUAUAUAUG